CCGCCGCACUCCGCACUCGUUGUCGCAGCGGCACUCAGUCUCAGUCGCCAGUCGUCACGCCAUUGCCAGUGGAGAAAAGCCAGGUGCGACGUGCGUCUGACAAACCAGCUCUUCGCGACGGCAAUAAAGUUCAGGUUUCCAGUUGCUGGCAGAGUGUCUUCCCAGCCCUUGCAGAGCAUGGAGCUGAUCCCGGACGAUGUCGUAGAGGUGACGGUGUGCAGCGAAGAGCCGACGCCUGUUUCGGAGUGGUUCGAGUCGCCGGUCAUGGAGGACAUGCCGGACGAUGUUCUACUGGCGGUGCUGCAGUACGUGGACGUGGAGGACCUCUUCGCCUGCCGCCUCGUGUGCAAGAAGCUCGGUGCCCUGGCGCUGCACCCGGACGUGUGGCGACAUCGCCAACUGGUCGCCGCGAAGGCCGGGCUCGAGGACGCUGGUCAGGAAACCCCUGUGCUGCGCCUGGCGCCGUGCCUGAGGGAGGUGUGCGUCGACUUCCCGUUGGACAACCUGCUAUUCGCCACGACCAGGUGCGCGGUGGCGAACAUGACCCUGGAGGUGUGGUCCGACCCCUCCCUGCAGGCCGCGCUUGUCCUCCGCAACCAGGAGGCGCUCGGUCGACUGAAAAAAGCCGAGCUGGUCUUCUGUCCAAUGGAGCCGAUUCUCAACGACAUCCCCUGGCAGCCGAUGCUCAGCGCGCCCGGUCAGAUUCCCUGGCUGGUGUUUUGGACGGCCGCGACCUGCGGCCUGAAGACGCUCGUGAUCAACAUGUUCCCCCCCAGCGUCCCCGCCGACGCCAGCCUCUUCCGCAACAGCGUCGUGCCCUGUUCGACCCUGACCGAGUUCCAGUGCGAGGUCAGCAAGAAGUCGGAGCCCUUCGUCAACUUUGUCCUGGCCGGGCACGCCGCCACCCUGGAGGAGGUUGGCCUCGCCGGCGCCGGCCUGCCCUCCAGCUCGACGUUGACCGCGACGCUGCUGGCCGCAGCGCCCAACCUCGCUCGCCUGCAGUGCGCCCUGCUGCCCGGGUUAGAGGCACUGGCAGAGAGUGCGUCGCUUCGUGAAGUCUGCCUUGUGGUCACGUCAGCCUCCGACCUCAAGUUCUUGGGGCCUCGCGCGUCAGGCCUGAAGCCCGCGGUCCCGGCGGCCGCGGCGUUCCUGCGGCGCGCCGAUCAGCUCCACAACGUCGCCCUCCGGAUCUUUGCGGCCGACGCCGGCCUGGCCCUGGUCGAGGCCCUUGCCUCUUGCGAGCGGUCCCAAGUCAAGACGCUGGCCCUGGACCUGUGUAAGGACGGUUCGUUCUCGUGGCUGCAGAAGCUGUUGGAGCCGCUCAUAGCGCUGCUCGCGCUGCGGUGCCUCAAAGUGCAGGUGUCCGCCUGGCAGAAGGGCGACAAGGGAGACAAGCCGCUGCCGUGCCACCACGCCUGGCUGCACACUGCCCCCGUCAAGAGGCUCAUGGCGGCCAACCGACGGCUGCGGCUGGUCGUGUGCGGCUUCCAGGGCGACACCAAGCCCAAGUACUGCUCCGGCGACGAACCCUGCGACGUGUGCUUGUUGGGUUGUGGGACAUCGAUGCCGUCAGAAUGUACAAAACUCUUGGCCCGGGUAGGAAAAGUCGUUGGUGACAGUCAUCUUGAUGGUGAAUAAAACCUGUGUUCUAAAUUAAUUGUUUUUGUACUCAGAUUUUUCUUUUCUCUCUAAAUAAAUAAUAAAUUACCGUA